AUGACAAUUACAGGAUUAGGUUUAGAAGUGUAAGCUUAUACAGAAAAAGGAAUGCCAUCAGUAGAUCUUCCAUUAUUAAAAGAAUUGGCUGGCAAUCCAGAAAAAGGAAAUUAUGGUAAAAUAGGAGAAUAUUAUAAAGAAAGAAAGGAAGAAGAAAAAGGAAAAGUAGCAUCAAGAAGAGAUUUUCAUAGCAGAAUAGCUGUUACGCUUUUUCCUUAUAUAAGUACAGAGGUUUAAUAGGGAAAAAUAUUAAUAGAUUAAGAUUAGGAUUUAAAUAAUUCUAAUAUUCCACUUCUAAAAGAUAAAUAUGGAAGUGAAAGAAAAAAAGCCAAAAUUUUGAACUUUUCAAUCAUUUAUGGAGCCUCUGCUAAAAGUAUUACCGAGGCACUAGGUUGUUCAUUUAAGGAGGCUUAAGAAAUGAUAGAUAAAUGGUAUUAGGAAGCACCUGAAGUCAAUUAAUGGUAAGAUAAAGUAAAAAAUAUUGCUUUGGAAAAGGGAUAUACAUAAACACUUAUGGGAAGAUAUAGAAAUCUUUCAAAGUUCUUUAAUUAAAAUUAAGGCUUUUUAAACAAAUUACAUGGAUUGAGAGCUGCUAUUAAUACUCCUAUUUAAGGCGGAGGGGCUGAUUUUGUUAUUGCGGCAAUGGUAAAAAUUUCUUAAAGUUAAAAAUUGGAGUAAUUGGGGUUCGAAUUAAUUUUGUAAAUACAUGAUGAACUUAUUCUUGAAGGACCUUAGGAAAAUGCUUAAGAGAGUAAAUAUUGUAUUAUAAAGACUAUUUAUGAUUAGAUUAUUAUAAUAUGA